AUGGCUACUGGGGAUGAGGGUUGCAAGCAGUUCUGCAAGGAUGAGCUUGCAAAACUGAUCAAGCCGAAGGCAGCAACGCCAGCUCCGGCCCCUACCAGUGAUGCCGAUCCUCCGGCCCCUACCACAACGGGUGCCGAUCCUCCGGCCCCUACCACCAGGGGUGCCGAUCCUCCGGCCGCUACCACCAGGGGUGCCGAUCCUCCGGCCCCUACCACCAGGGGUGCCGUUCCUCCGGCCCCUAAUGCCCCGACCUUUGAUGAUGUCAGUGCGAAGAUGGGUUGGUCAAGUCCUGCAACCCCACGCAUGGUGGAGGCACCUGGUACGCCAUCUCCUGCAACGCCUGGCAGUGCAAUCACAACGCCUGGCAGUGCAAAAACAACGCCUGGCAGUGCAAGCGACGGCUUGGUCCAAGGUUCUUCGCCACUCUACAACCGAAAGAACGCCGCCAUGUUCUUGAAUCGCCUGAAAGGCAACCCAAAGAGGAUGCAAGCCUUGCCUGAUGACUUGGCAAAGUUGGUGCGGGACGAAGAUUCAAAGAGCAAAGCCAUCGACUUGAUCGUCGCUGCAGGAGGAGACGAAAAUGAGCUGGUCGGGCAGUGGACUGCAUCGUCCAUUUCUGUGGGGACGGACAAGGAAAAGGGAAAGAUGAAACCUUUGACGGAACAGGAAUUGAUCGGCAAGUACGGUGCGGUCAAUGCUGCGAAGGUGAUGGAGGAAAAAAGGAAGGCUGGUUUGGAGGUUGAUGAUCCCAAUUGUAAAGGGCUCAAGCUUUACUUGCACAACGAGUGGCAGAGGGAAUGGACGAGAGGCACAGAAGAACGAAGCAGUUUCACUGCUUCCGGAGAAGUUCGUGCGGGUGACGCUGCCAACGUUGCACAAAUUCUCAGUGUGCCCCGGCGGGCGCUGACAGGGCCCGGCCAGGAUGAUGAGGACUGA